AUGGCUGAGGAGUGGCUGGACUGCCCCGCGUUGGGCCCGGGCUGGAAGCGCCGAGAAUGCUUCCGAAAGACUGAGGCCAGCUGCGGCCGCUCGGACACGUACUAUCAGAGCCCCGGGGGAGAGCAGAUCCGCAGCAAGGCCGCGCUGACGCGCUUCUUGGGCCCCGACUGCGACCUCAGCUGCUUCGACUUCAAGCACGGCAUUCUCCAGUCCGCGCCUGCCAGGGCCUCUUCUCCCGAGAGCAGGAGACGGGCCGGGCCCGACAAGGCCGAGCCAUCCGUCCAAGAAAAGCGGCCCCUGGAGGCCAGACUCGACCCGCCGGCGCCCCAGGGCCCCGUGGCUAGGCGGCGUGCCCGCCCGGGGCGCCGGCGGCUCUGGGCUCUGUGUGAAGACUGCCGAGCCCGGAGCGAUGCCCUCAGCCCGGAGCAGAGAACGGCCCGGCCAGGAGGCCGCGGUGACUGCCGGGCCUGCCAGGGGGCCGAGGACGGUGGAGUCGGCCCUGCCUGCGAGGUGCAGCCUCCCCGGCUCCCCCGAAGCCCGCGUGCCCAGAGCCACCGCCUCUCGGUCAUGGGCUGUCAAACCAAGGAGAACUGCGGGGACUGCGAGUGCAGAGGGAGACCAGGCCUCCCGAGGCCAGGGAAGGGCGCCCAGCAGCGCUGCCCCGAGGAGUAUGGGCGGCCUGGCCCCGGGGCGUUCAUCUCAUGCCGCCCGGGGAGGCGGGAGCUUGAGAGCUGUGGGGACCGAGCUCCCGGAGCUGCCUCCCCAGCCCCCGCAGGCUUCUCUCCCGGCCUCGCCGGCCAGGGAGCCGAUGGCGCACAAGGCCGGCCUUCUCCAAAAGAAGAGGAAAGCUUGGGAAAAGGGGAGGGGGAAGAGGAGGUAGAGGCUGCCGGGGCCCACACUCCGGUGAUCACGGAGAUUUACAGUCUGUGCGGAGCCACGCCCACGGCAGCAGGGCCCCAUGCAGGCCUGGACAGCGGCCUGCUAGAGUUUCGCAGAGAACUGAAUGAGCUGCCCCUGCCCGCCCACUGGGAGGUGCUGCCUCCGCGGGGCCCGGACUUGGGGAUCGUCCAGCGUUCCCCCCUGUCCACCGUGGCGGCUGCCGUCAUCCACAUCCAGCCCGGCCUCUCCUUUCACGUGGUGGUGCAAGGUGUCCCUGUGCCGCCCACGCACGAGCUCUACUCGGCCCACCCCUUGCGGCUCAGCACCGCGGAUGAGGUGGUAGAACUCAUCUGCAGCCUGGAGGCCUACCGUCUGUGCCCUGGCUGGCCUGGCAGUGCGCAGCGGGGCGCACGCUCUCCGGACUGCCACGUGCUGGUGUACGGCGGCCGCUGCCCGGCCUGCUUCCCCUGCCUCCCCACCUCAUGCUGUAACUGCUCCGGCCUGCCCCAGCCCUCUCGGGCCUCUGAGAGAACUUCAUAG